CUGAGCGCGCGGCCGCAGCUCGAUAUGGCGGCGCUGAGCGCGCACCCGGCGGAGGCCGCGCGGGAACUGGAGCGGAGGAAAGGACCGCUGCGGGAGGGAGAGCUACGUGAGAUCCUGCAGACCUGGACCCGCCUGGAGGAGGUGCGUGCCGCCAUCGCCCGACUCGAGGCUGAGAAGGAGGAGGUGGCCCUGGCAGUGCACGCCCUGGUGACCACCCACGCCAAGGACACGCUGCAUGCGGUCCCCGAAUACACAGCGCUGCGGGAACGGGGCGGUGCGGUGAGGCUGAAGCUGAGGGAACUGCUGGCAGAGGAGGCAGCGUUGGAUGAACGCUUCUACCUGCACGCGUUGCAGCUGCCCAACAGCACCCACCCGGCAGCGCCUGUUGGUGAUGAGAGCCAGGCCCGUGUGCUGGAGGUGGUGGGGGAGAAGCCAGUGUUCAACUUCCAACCUAAGGGACACCUGGAGCUGGGUGAGGAGCUGGACAUCAUCCGGCAGCGGAGGCUGUCACACAUCUCAGGUCACCGAUCCUAUUACCUGUGCGGGGCAGGCGCGCUGCUGCAGCACGCAUUGGUGCGCUUUGUGCUGGCCAAACUGGUGCCCAAGGGCUUCCUGCCCAUGACGGUCCCUGACCUGCUGCGCGGCGCUGUCUUUGAGGGCUGUGGGAUGCAGCCCAACACCACCCCAUCUCCUGUGUACUGCAUCGACCCGGCUCGCUUCGAGGACCUGUGCCUGGCUGGCACCUCCGAGGUGGGGAUUGCAGGUUACUUCAUGGACCACGCGGUGCGGCUGCAGGACAUGCCUGUCAGGAUUGUCUGCUCCAGCACGUGUUACCGUGCAGAGACCGACACGGGCCGAGAGCCCUGGGGCCUUUAUCGUGUGCACCAGUUCACCAAGGUGGAGAUGUUUGGGGUGACGGCAGCAGAAAGCGGGGCCGAGAGCGAGAUGAUGCUGGAUGAAUUCCUCAUGCUGCAGAAGGAGAUUUUUUCAGAGCUGGGGCUGCACUAUCGGUCAGUUGGGGUGGAGGGGGGGAGGGGGGGGACUCAGCUUGGAUCCUCUCCCUCAAAUCGAUGUCCCAAUGGUUUCCCACCCCCCCUCACACAA